GGCUAUUACCAUCCAAUUAAGGAGGGGAUAUGUGUGUAAUCUAAGUCUUGCUGAAGGUCUUUAUCAUGCAGACCAGUUAGUAGUCUCGAAAACCGAAAGGUAACGUUAGUGGUAUGAAAUCAGGCAGAGAUGGUCGCAAGGUAAUGAAAGUGGCCAAAUUCCUCCAAUCCAACCCCUUGCUUCAUACAUACGUUACCACUCUUCAGUUUGCCCACUAAAUGUACUGCUAGCUAGCUGCUUGGCCAUACAUCCUUAGCUAGCUAGCAACAGCGCUACGAUCAAUUAUACAAGGACCUUUCUCAGCGUCACUUUGAAGUACUGGAAUUUCUCCCACGAAAUGUCAAGGCCCACGAGGAACAAGAGGGUAGUUGACUACGCACAGUUCCAAGAAUCUGAUGAUGCAGAGGAGUGUGCAGGAGAUGCUAAUCGGAAGCGGAAACCAGGAAUUACUGCUCACAAUGAUGACUCUAAGGAUCGUAAAUUGUCAAAUGAUUUGGAUGGUGAGGAGGACGACUACAAAGAAGAGGAUGACGAGGAUGGUGGAGACAGCGACUAUGACGCAAAAAAAGACAAGAAGGGAAAGCAACUAACAGCAAAAAGGAAACGAGUUGCAGACGACAGCGAUGAUGACCGGGGUCCAAGGAAGAAGGGACGGCAGGUGCGACAGGCUGCCACUAAGGCAGUGUCGAAACAGCGGGAAAUGAUCCUGGGAGAAGGCGGCAGUGAGGAGGAAGGGGGAGAGGAAGAGGAGGACGAGGACGACACUGAUGCCUACACAGGCGAGGACUCUGGGAGUGAUGAAGACUUUUGUGUAGAUGACGAUGAUGAUGACAGUGACUAUGGCAAGCCCAGGAGGAGAAGUUCCAAGGGAGGAAGAAGAGUCAAGCCGGAGAAGAAGACGACCCCCAAACCAAGGAUAAGGGCCUCAGCUACCCGUGGACCUAAGAAAAAGAGAGGCAGAAAGGUGUCCAGAGGAAGGAAAGUUGUGAAGAAGGUUCUGCCCAAAGAAAAAGAGGAAGAUGUAGACAGCCCCAAAGAGGAAGAGGAGGAGGAGGAGCGGAAACCUGAGAAGAAGGCUCGUUUAGCCCCCAAGAAGUCUGAUGACGAGGCCGAGGAAAAGAAGAAGGACGAGGAGGAGGAAGACGAUGAGGAAGAGGAAGAAGAAGAAGACGACAGAGAGAAGGAGAAAGUGAAGAAGAAAGCGAAGAAGAAAGCAGAGAAGGACGAUGUGUCAGAGGAGGAGCCUCCAUCAGGUGAAGACUAGUCGUCUCCCUGAACCAGAUUCUGAAAAGGUUUUAUCUUUAUUUUUGGAAAAAAAGGUUACUUUCAUGUAGGCCUCAGUGGAGUGUCUGCUCCAUUUUUGCCUGGCUCGAUGUGUCCGCUGUGUUUGUUAAUUUUCUUCUUGCUUGUAAAUACCAUAUCAGAUCUUUAUGAACUUGCCAGUAAGCCCCAUCCCCUUGAUCAAAAUAAACAUAAAACCUAUGGUUUUGACAAAAACACACACACUUGCAGAACAACAGUUUAUAGAUUGAUAGAAGUUCCCAAACAUGGCUUUGCCUUUUGCAAAAUAAUGGGACUAUCACUCUGCGUGCUUAUAUCUUUAAACUAAUUUUCCACAAGUUGCUUCAUCCUGACCAUACAUGAUAAUUUGACAGCAUUAGCAGUUCAUAAUACAACCCAAGAAGCAUACUUACUAUGCUUUAACUUUGCUUGGUAGUAUUGUAUUGGAUCUAUUUUCAGGGAUUACAUUAGCUGGCAGUGUAAAUUUGCUAAUUUCUUUGUGAAGGUGUGUAUGCAGCUUGAAUUAACUAUGGCUGGCUGCAUUUUUUAUAUGAAAAAGUAAAAAAAAAAAAAAACGAGAAUUAUGUCCUAUGUUUCUGACGGAACAUUGUGGAUCACCGUUAUGCUGUUGACGAGAAAACGUGUAACUCUUUUGUGACAGCAGUUUGUUUAAUCAGAAUCAUGUUUUUUUUUCUUCUUUUUAUUUGUGUAGUGCUUUUUUUCCAGUAUACCUCUCUGUGAAGUGGCUAUGUUGAGAUUGCAGGCCUUGGUUUCUGACGAGCUACUCUGGCUAUAGUCAAUGCAUAUUUAAAAAAAAAAAAAAAUAUGUGUGAGCUCAUUUUACCAGUGUAAGGGAACCGGGGAAUCACACCUGUAGAUCGAAUCUAUCGCUUUUCUGUUCUGAUCCAAAACCCUUUGUUUGAGUGAUCUGGAUGUAGCUAUUGAAGACUGUCAAGCAGCAUUACAAUAUUGGUCUGCGACUUUGUUCACCAUCUACAUUCAUCUUUUGAUGAAUAUGUGUCUUUUAGUUCACCAAUGUAAAUUAUACUAAAUCUGCAGUUUGGUGACCUUUUGUUUCUGCCUUUCUCUUUUUUGGCGACGUGCUUUUUGUAUGUGUACUAUGUGCAUCUUACGUUAAAGCAAGGGGUUUAUUAAGGUGUGGGGGAAUGACUAGAAAAGUCAGAAUGGUGCACAUACGGCUUCAUGACAGCACAUUAUUUUAUUUGUUUGCUUUUUUUGUUGUUUCUUAAAGCUAGUUUUGAGCAUUGUAUGACUUCUGUGACCUUCGUAUGUGUCUCUGGAACGUUUUGAUGCUUCUGGGUGCCUUCUUGAAGAGAUUCUUUUUCCUGUAUCUGUCUCGGCACAGGGCUUCAACCCAGACCUGAGCCAGGCAGACAUCUGCCAGAGUGUGGGCACCUUUUUACCAGGCUUUCUUUUGCCUAGUUUUAAUGGUUUUAAUCUUAAAAACUAUUUUAAGCGCUUUUAAUCUCGAUUCCUCCCCAUGAAACAUUCUUUAUUAUAAUUUAUCCAAAAAGACAAAGUUUUUUUCUUUCUUUGUUUUGUUUGUUUUAAUUACUCUGGUCCGAUUUUGUAAUAUUUGUUUUACAAAGAAAAGAAAUAAAAUGUACCCAGGUUUUAAAGACA